ACAACAACAUUGAAACCCAUUUCUUCGCCUUUAACCUUACUUGAAUUUUUGUGUGGGUCCUUUUUUUUUCUUUCUCCAAGCCAUUGUAAGCUCCAAUCUUCCACAUUCUAUCUCUUCUUCCUCAUUUUCUUCCAUACAUACACACAUAUAUAUUUCUGUUACCAUUUAAGUGAUCAUAAAGUUUUCUUGUGUAGGAAUAAAAAGGCAGAGAAAAUGGAGUUUUUUGGUAAAAUGAUAAUUUCAUUGAGUCUUAUGAUGAUGAUAAUGUGGAAGAGCGUGGAUGGUUACAGUAGUGGUUGGGUCAAUGCUCGAGCCACAUUCUAUGGAGGAGCUGAUGCUUCUGGCACCAUGGGCGGCGCGUGUGGUUACGGAAACUUAUACAGUCAAGGAUACGGCACUAACACGGCGGCUCUAAGCACGGCUCUAUUCAACGGCGGCCAAAGCUGUGGUGCUUGUUUUCAGAUAAAAUGCGUAGACGACCCAAAAUGGUGUAUCGGUGGAACAAUCACCGUCACCGGAACAAACUUUUGUCCACCCAACUUUGCUCAAGCCAACAACGCCGGAGGUUGGUGUAAUCCUCCUCAACACCACUUCGAUUUAGCUCAGCCCAUCUUCCUCCGUAUUGCUCAAUACAAAGCCGGCGUCGUCCCUGUCCAAUACCGGAGAGUGGCUUGCCGGAGAAAAGGAGGAAUAAGAUUCACGAUCAACGGUCAUUCAUACUUCAACCUCGUACUUAUAACCAACGUCGCCGGCGCCGGAGAUGUUAUCUCCGUCUCCAUUAAAGGAACCAAUACACGUUGGCAAAGCAUGUCAAGAAACUGGGGACAGAAUUGGCAAAGCAAUGCAAAACUUGAUGGUCAAGCUUUGUCCUUUAAAGUAACAACUAGUGAUGGCCGUACAGUUAUAUCUAACAAUGCUACACCACGUAACUGGAGCUUCGGACAGACUUAUACCGGAAAACAGUUCCGGGCUCAGAGGUGAUGAUGACGUGGACUGUCUGGAGGGGAAAAAAAAAGUUUUACUUAUUACUGAUUUUGGAGUUUUCUAGAGUUUGCAUAGUUUGAAAAAAGUUUUCAGGAAUUAACCCUAAUCAAAAUAACCAAUUUCUAAAUGGCGGAAAUCGAGGUUUUUUCUCACUGGCAGCUUUUGUAAUUCGCCGGUGAGACUGAGGUGUUUUCACCCGCCGCCUGAGUGAUUGAGUUUUUUUUUUUUUUUUUUGUACUUUGUUUGGCUUUUAAGAUGUUCAAUGGUCUGUUUCUUUAAGACAUUGUCUACUGAAAUAAUAAUAAAAUCAAGUUAAUUUAUAAUUUUUAAUGCUUUUUGCCUCUUUAGUUUCAUGUUUCUGAAUUUAGAAGUGAAAUUUUCUAGAGAGAUAAGAAUAUACAACAUAAAUAUUUUGAGAAAAUUCAUUUUCAAAAUUUUAUAACACUAUACUUUUGUCGAUUUUAAUCCAUUCGAAGACAAACCCUUAGUUUUAAAUCGAUACCGAUAUUUUUCCUACAUAAUACAUAAACUCUCUACAACCAC